CACUGCACUGCCAUUCCUCCAAUACUAUUCCUCCUCCAAUCACUUACUAAUCUUCAUUCACAAAACAUAAAGAAAAAUGAAGAAAGAAAACAGAAGUCGCCAGGUUCUGUCAAGGAUUGCAACCAAUGAUAAACAUGGGGAGAACUCUCCAUAUUUCCAUGGGUGGAAUGCGUACGAGAGAAACCGUUUCCACCCCACUCAGAAUCGUCAGGGUGUUAUUCAAAUGGGACUUGCUGAGAAUCAGCUUUGCUUUGAUCUGAUUGAGAAAUGGAUUAAAGAAAACCCCAACGCCUCCAUUUGCACUCGGGAAGGAGCCAAUAAGUUCAAAGAAAUUGCCAUCUUCCAGGACUACCACGGCCUUAAGGAGUUCAGAUACGCUGUUGCAAAGUUCAUGGAGAAAGUGAGAGGCAACAGAGUGACAUUCGAUCCAGACCGGAUUGUCAUGAGUGGAGGAGCCACUGGAGCAAAUGAGACCAUCAUGUUUUGCUUGGCUGACCCCGGCGAUGCUUUUCUCGUGCCCUCGCCUUAUUACCCAGCAUUUGAUAGGGACCUUAGAUGGCGAACUGGAGUGCAAACAGUUCCCGUUGACUGCCACAGCUCCAGUGGGUUCAGACUAACCAGAGCAGCGGUGGAAGUGGCGUACAAGACAGCCCAGGAAUCCAACAUCAAUGUCAAGGGCUUAAUACUAACAAACCCUUCGAACCCUCUUGGAACCACCUUGGACAUGGAGACACUCAAAAGCCUCGUUGCCUUCGUGAACGAAAAAAACAUUCAUCUCGUAUGCGACGAAAUCUACAGCGCCACCGUCUUCAGCUCCCCGAGAUUCAUUAGCGUCGCCGAAGUCAUCCAGGAACUUGAGCACUGCAACCGAGACCUUAUUCACAUUAUUUACAGUCUGUCUAAGGAUCUCGGCUUGCCUGGAUUCCGCGUUGGGAUCGUCUAUUCCUACAAUGACAUUGUCGUGAGUUGCGCCAGAAAAAUGUCCAGUUUCGGACUUGUCUCGUCUCAAACUCAGCACUUCCUCACUUCACUUCUGUCUGACGAGGAGUUCGUGGAUAACUUUUUGUCGGAAAGCUCGAAAAGGCUGGCGAAAGGGUACCAUGUUUUUACUAAUGGGCUGGAACAGGUGGGGAUUUCUUGCUUGAAAGGAGGUAAUGCCGGAUUGUUCUUCUGGAUGGAUUUGGGACGGCUUCUCAAAGAACAGACUUUUGAAGCAGAGCUUGAGCUAUGGCGUGUGAUCGUCGACGACGUGAGACUCAACGUCUCGCCAGGAUCAUCGUUCCAUGGGUUGGAACCUGGGUGGUUCAGAGUUUGUUUUGCGAACAUGGACGACGAGACGGUGGAAGUUGCGUUGGAAAGAAUACGGACAUUCGUACUUAAUAAUGGCAAGAAAGAAGAUGAGGCGCCGGUGAAGAAGAGGAAACGGUGGCAACGGGAGCUUCGCCUGAGCUCCUCUCCUAGAAAGUGCGAGGAGAGUAUCGCAUCGCCGGUCGUGCGAUCCCCUCACUCGCCGAUAGUACGGGCCAGGACAUAAUUCGGUUAAAUUAGUGACACGUGGGGAAUCUUUAUUAGCUCCUGACUUGAGAAGCCUAACGUGCCUAAAAAUGGGUUAGAGUCUUAAAUUUCAACUUAGAGAUUUUCAUGUUGACAAGAAAUUUAAUAAACAGGGAGAGCUAGCUCUUUGUAAAAAAAAAAAACAUGAAGCUGAUAGAUUUAUUACUUCAAACUGUUGUAAUCAUCAUUAUAAUUUAAGCUUUCAAAUAAAAACUCAUAUUUAUU